AGAGUUUAGAACUCCUUCCACCUUGGCUUUCUACGGCCUGAUUUGGGUCUUCCGCAUCUUUUCAUAAUAACCAAAUUUUCCUGCUCUGCAAUUGCGAAUCUUGUCAACUUAUCUUCCGGAGGCUUAGAUCGACAAUAUAGAGAAAAGGAAGGCAAGAGGUGCACAAUUCAUCCAUUCAUGUACAGCCUUGGACAUCCUUGUGCGCUGAUACUCGUCUACUGAGACUCUUUAGUAACUAUUUCCGACCGGCUACUAGUGCUUUUUCAGAACUGGAGCUCUCAUGACAAUGUUCUUCUUUCUGGUCUGGUCCGCGAGUGAUCAGCUCGAGACAAUGAUUUUUCUGGGACCAAAGUACACGAUGAAAGCCAUGUACAGAUGGAAGAGCCUACAGAGAUGCUGUAUCAGUGUUCCAGGGGGUGAAUUUCUUGAAAGAAGGGCCAGCUCACGUAGGGAAGGACACAGAUUAGAACUGCAUCUUCGAUUGCCACGUCGGUGAACUUUUGUUACUGCACGCUGCAGUCUCGUGCAUGGAAGCCGACACUUUCACCUGUUGAUCAUUUUCGAGCAAUGGAGUCCUUCUCCUCUUGGCAGCAUGAGCAGCAGCACAGGAGAUCGCCAACUCGACUUUAGGGAGGAGCGGAGUUUUUGAGGCAACGAGGACGAAGGCAGCGAAGACGUUCAGUGAACUCCAUCGAAGGUGGAACACACCCACGCCCGGCUGUCGAUCCACGUGCUGUCGAUCGAUCGCGAUAGACGCUACACACUCAACGCGCAAUAGUGCUCGACGAGCUCUGUACAAACUCACGAAACAUACAUGAGCGCCGAUCGCUGGGCCACUGCUGCCCCACACGAAAUUAACUCACAGACUCCAACCUCAGCUCAGCUCAGCUCAGCCACUCAGGGAAACAGAAAGUCGCAUUCGAUCACUGUCUCAUGCCCUGAUUCCGGCCCCCUGUGUGAACAGAGACCUCAGAACACCAGAAUGUCGUGCAUUCUGCUGGAUCUCUCGGCGCCGAUUCGGAGAUAAGUAAGUAAAACUCAGGUUUCGUUCGAAAUGCAAGAGUGGCGAGGGGAUCGUCGGCUCGGGGCGCUCCGUGUAGUCGCCCUGAGGAAUACCGGCGACGGGGUCGUGGGUUUAUGCGGAGGCUUCAUCGUAGGUUAUGCCGGUAACGGUUGGCGAGUCCUAGGCCAAUGCUGCACGGAAAAGCUGGAGGGGGUUCGUCGUCCGUCCUGUGGACAUCAGGACUUUGCGCUUCGAUCGUGUAGGGUUUGCCGAAUCGAGUGAUCGAGAAUUGAGCGCGACGCCAUACAAUGAAGUGUCGGAGAGGCUGAGUGGAGUGUGGACUGUCGUAAUUUAUUGACUGCAGAGAGAUGGGGCGACUGUCUGCUCUGCGGAGGUGAAGGCGCUUUCCGUGGACGUGGUGUUCAUUCAUGUGGGUGGGUGUUUGAUUGGUAGAGUCGGAAGAUGGCGACGAGAUCAGUCGUUCGGGAUAGGAUUUUGCGCUCUGCAAGUGCGUGAUUGAAGAUAGCAUUUUUCUCUUGCCGAUGUAGGGCACCUUCUUCCUUGCUGGCAUGGGAGGCGGUUUCCGAUUCGGAGCCUCCACCUCGUCGAAAGCUUUAAGCUCGUGCUGAAGCAGUUGACAUGCUCAUGAUGCAGGAUGAAAGACCGUGACAUGAUUCCUGCUGAAGCAUUUCCCGUUGAGUGUACGUUCCAAUUGUCUGGACUGGAAGCGUCCUCUCAUGAAUGGUUUCCAACCCUAGGCACAGUUUUCCUACUACGAGAGGAGAACUGUGGACUGUGACAUGAAGCUUGGGUAGUGUAAGACGUAGCUGCUCUUAGAGUUGGAUCACCUGGUCCAAAGUUAUUCUUUCAUCUUCGACUCGUAGAAGCUGCCAGUGGUUCGGUGGUCCUGUGUUCCUGGGUUUAUCCCGUGGCUUCUCAGGGUUUAUUCGACAUGGCGCUCGAGUCGGACAUGAUUAUCGUGAGCUGGAUAGAAAAAUUGAUCGACUAGGCUCGCAACUCGUGUCACAUCUCCGUUGUGGUUAAUGCAAUGAGGUGUUUUUGAAGUAACACAAUGUGAAGUUCUUGCUUCUCUUGUCAGUCUGACUUAAGAGCUGAUCUCCUAAACGUGUCUGACGUUGUCAGUUGAUGAGUUUGCUGAUCUUGGAAUCAAAAUGGUUUCUGAAGAGUAGAUAUAGAACUCUGGGAUGUCAAUAGGUGUUUGCUAACUCUAGGCAGUUGUCGGACUCACUGCCUGCUUCACUUUCUGGAGAAAACACUAUUACUCGUGGGUUCAGAAUGUCCUCACCAAAGCGGGAACAGGAUCUUCAGCCGUUUGCUCCAGAGUCUUCCUCAGACUUUUCUGCAGACUCUGGAGGCAAUGAGGGCUUUCAAAGACAAGAAAAGGCAAUCAUUCAGCCGGUAUCACCUGCUUCGUUCAACAGCAUGCUAGAAGACAGGACAAGAGAGGAAUUACCAUCGACAGUAGGCAGCCAAACAGCUGCAAGAACCUCGGGAAAUCUACUGGAGGACAGCAUGUACUCGCUAGAUGCUGAACCAGACUUCUGGCCUUCUGAUCAAGUUCCGUCUUCUGUGUUUGAAAUUAGAGGCUCAUCCAGCGCUCCAAAUGAGGAAAGUGCAAGUACACAACCCGUUUCACCUUAUAGCUUGAGCAGCAUGUCAUCACCAGAGAGGGCAAGAGAAAGAAUCCUUGCGAAAGUAGGCAGCGGUACGGCUGCAAGAUCAACUUCAAGGAUUCUUUCGAAAGUCAGUACAGGCGGAAGAAUUCGUCUAGAAAGGGGAGAGGCAUCCGUACGUUUUCUGGAAGAAAGUAUUUCUCUGAAUGUUGGCAAGGGACAUAUCUCUCCAAGGUGGAGUUCGAAUUCCAAGCAAGUGGAAGGGAAAAGCAUGGAUAUUUUUGGUGAGAUAUCAGAGGACGAUCCACCUGGGCCUCUUUCUCUGCCUGUCAGUCCACCACGUAGAGUUGUAGCUAUGGAGAACCGAAGGCCGGCUAGAACAUACACGGAAGAUCCUGUCAAUUUCCAUACUUGGGAUGGAUUAAAAAAUAUGACCAGAACUGCGUGGAGUUCCUUUGUUAGUUGGAUCAAUCGACGUACUUUAAAAGAUAUCAAAGCAAGCAUCCAUGUUUUGGGCACCUACCACGAUGCAUUUCUAUAUGGAAAGGUGCCUCUAACGGUACAAACCAGAAUCAGAAUUCGGACCGGAUGGAUUGGAUUUCUAUGGCACAUUUUGGAGUUUCUGUUCGGUGUGCUCUCUGCUUCGUUGUACAUUUAUUCAACAUACCAAGCCGACGUAAAAGAUCACUGGGUUUCUGGACUCCAGCAAGCCAUUAGCUGUGCGUUUCUUGCCGAUUACGUACUUCGAUUAUAUUCGGAACCUAGCCGUUUUUACUACGUUUUCUCGUUCUGGGGAGCGAUGGAUUUUCUCAGUCUGUUGCCAGUAAUUCUUAUCUUCAGAGAUGACAUGACAGGCGUUAACUUCAUCCGGCUUCUACAAUUUGUCAGAAUUCUGAGAAUUUUUUCUCUGAUCAACAAGUCUCAUGUUGGACGCUCAGUGAAUCAGCAGAUCAUCCUGAUGUCUGUAGCGACAUUUGGCAUCAUUAUUUUAGACGCCGGUUUAAUCCAAUGGAUAGAGUAUUACACAGCUUCGGAAAGCUAUCGGGAGACUUGUCCCCAGGCGAGCUGCUUCACGUUUUGGCAGUCAUUUUACUUUCUGAUUGCAACGGUCGGGACCGUUGGUUAUGGAGACUUUGCCGCAAAAACAGGGCUGGGCAGAUUCGUGGUUUGCAUCACAAUAAUUGGAGCACUUACACUUAUUCCCAUACGUGUCGGACAGAUUACAAGCCUUGCAUAUUUGAGUCCAUUUGGAGGUUCAGGCAGAGUAAGAUCACAAGCCUCACGUUUUCUCAUAUUGAGCGGCGGCAUCUCCCUUCUAGCAGUUCAAAACUUCCUCGCAGAAUUUUACAAGCACACUCAUCGACAAGAGUUCGAGGUUUUCCCGCUACGGGUCGUGAUUAUGGGUUCUCAUCACCCUUCAUUUGACCUCAAGCAAGUAUUAUCUCACUACGGGAAAGCUGAGUUUAUUGAGGGUUCUGUGCUCCGGCCAGAGGACCUCGAACGCGUCAGUGCACAUAAAGCAAUGGCCAUCCUUCUCGUUGCGUACCAAGAAUCUAACAACACACAACUUGAAGAUUCAGCUCAAAUCAUGAGAGCGUUGGCAGUCCACCGCUUUUGUCGUAUUCAUGGUGAAAUAACUCAUCCAAUACGCAUCAUCGUCGAAGUGCUCGAUCCUGCAACACAAAGAAGCGCGGUCUGGGAUGAGAAAUAUACUGGAAGUAUAGAAGUUAUAUGCCCCACCAAGAUUCAUUACAUAUUGAUGGCACGUAGCUGCUUUGUCAAGGGACUCUACACGCUCAUUGCUAAUUUGUUUACGUCGGAGCUUCGACUUAAGCACAUGGAUGAGAGAGAUUUCUUAUCAGAAUAUUAUAACAGUUUCGAUAAUGAAAUAUAUCCGGUCAUUCUUCCCCCACCUUUUCACGGUCUCCCUUUUGAAGAGGUUGCAGAGAUGAUUCUCGAGUUAUUCAACAGCACACUUUUUGCACUGGAUACUCCAAUUCCGUCGAAGGUACAUACGAAGAAACAUCGCGAGGUUUUAUUGUUCCCAAAAGGUCAUAUCGUUAGACUCGACGAUGUAGGUUUAGUGAUCACAAAUGACCUGGAAACAGCAUUUAAAAUCUCGAAGUUUCAGUCCAAAGAACAAGAGGUGCCCAGCCCUGUUGGUGUGGCUCAAAGGUUUCGGGCACUGGUUAGGAGCACAUUCCAGUCCAGGGAGCAAAAUCUGGAUGAAGUUGGUCUUCUAAUGCGAGUGCGAAGAAGCUUUCUCGAUAACCCAGGCACUUUUUUCAGACAUUUCCCCUCUUAUAUUGGAGAUGGUGGUUUUGGAGUCCGAAGCGAGCAUGUGUUUCCCGAAGGUCCAGACAGUGAAUUUGGACUGGAAUCACAGUUUAGAACAGCUAUACAGGAGGUGUAUACACAACAGGAGUACCCCGAUUGGAGAUCCAAUCCAGUCAGUUCGGUGGGUGACGCACAACAUACAGUUCCUCCAGAAGGCGUGCCAAAAGAGGCAACACCGUGUGGUCACGAGGAGUUGGUUGGUGGCUCCGAGUUUCGUUUCUCUAAAGGUAUGUCUCUAGAGAAAGCAGCUGAAGAACUUCUAACCUGGCCCCCUGUUCGCAAGACUGCACCGCCACACCCUUCAGUUCUCGAACAAAGAGAAGAGGAAAUUCUGGGAAAUCUGAGAGACCGAACGUUGACUAUGGUGGCCUUACAAAUUCCUCAUAUUCUCGUGUGUUGCCAACUCGGAUGGCCGACGAAUUUCUUCUAUUUUCUGGCCGAACUUCGCAACCCCAAAUUUGCCAGCCCACCAGUUGUCAUCCUCUACCCGGAAGACCCAUCGUACAUGCAAUGGGGCUCUGUUGGCAUGUUCGCGGAUGUCUUUUUCUUAAAAGGUUCUCCAAAGUACGAGCUGGACCUGAUGCGUGGUGGAGUAUUACAAGCAGCAAGAAUUGUUAUAUUUUCUAGUCAGGGACAGCCAGUGGACUUAGGUGGAGCUGGAGUGAUGGAUGACAGAUUUGUGAAUCGGACUGCUGCGGCCUACACCAGCGAUAUAGAGAACAUUGUUGUUGCAGCAAAUGUGCAGCGCUUAUAUGGAAAUAAAGCUGUUGAGAAAGUUAUUGUGGAGAUGCAACACCCCAAUGCGUUUCAUUACUUAAGGCCGCAUUAUAAGGUUCCUUUCUCACAAUUCAGGCGGACGGAUUAUACGCGAAAUCGAGAAGCGCUAAUUCAUUUUGGACCUCCUUUCAUGGAAGGGAAAGCUACCUCCAAGGCGAUGCUUGGUUUCCUCAUGCGUGCAUCAUUCUUUAAUCGCAACACGGUCUCAAUUGUGGAGCAGCUGAUAAAGGGAGGCUUUGCCAGCACAAGGAACGGUCUCAGUUCAGAUCGGCAGCGGAUUUUAGACCACACAGAAGUGCCUCCAGCAUGCGCCAACAAAACAUUUCAGAAGCUGUACACUUAUCUUCUCCACGAAAAAAAUAUGCUAGCCAUUGGCUUGUACCGUGUUCGAGGAAACCUCGGUGCCCCGACUUCUUAUGUUCUCACAAACCCACGAAAGGGUUGUAUCGUGAACCCUGAUGAUCUUGUAUACGUCAUCACCUAAAAAAAACUACAACGAAAUUGUGCUCGGUAAUACCUCUAAUGUAACCGGGAAGACCUCCCGGAAUUAUCGCAGUCAAGGGAACUCACCGGUUGUGCAGUUUCUAGCAAUCACCAACUUUUGUACUUAAAGUGGGUGCAGCAACACUACUAAUAUCCGCGAUCAAGCUCCAAGCUAUGGAGGGAGAUUGAUUCAAGUGUUCAUGAGUGAUCUUUCAUAUUCCUCAUGUAUGUGAUAAUGCUUCGUUCUGGCUGAGAUUAUGUCUGCGCUUUGGUUGGAAGCACUUAGCAUCGUGAGUUUUAAGGAUCCAGGGAGUUGUGAAAGUGAUGAAAGGAAGACAUUGCCAAGCAUUUUGCGCUUUUGAACUACUGAAACUUUCAUUUCCAUGUUUGAUGAGCAUGAAUUUCAGGCAAAACAAGCAACAUGGUGAUUAGAGCCAGAGAACAAGCAUCUAUCUGAUCUCUUAGCGAAACCUUUCUUCAUCUCUUAUUGAUCUCUUUUCCUCCAAGCUGAUAUAUGAUGUCUAAGAGGUAUAUUGCACAAAUCAAACCAGAUCAAUGGAGCUCAGACAGCCAGCCAAGACACAAUAGAUCGAUCCAAAGCUCGCAAAUAGGCUGCUUCUUGAUCAGUAUCGAGUGAGUGACGCGGGAUUGUAUGUACAAAUCAAGCCAGUGGCAUAAACAAAUC